ACCAACACAUACCCACAAGGAUACACCCAACUCACGCUUCUCUCUCUCUCUCUCUCUCUCCCUCUCUCUCCAUCACAAUUGAUAUAAAUUCAUUUUUUUUUUUUUUUGAUCAGAGAUAUAAAUUCAUUCAUUCCUUAUUCUUCUGUUCUUGUGAAGCUUUUGGUUUGUGUGAAAAGCGAGACUUUAUUGUCAAAGAGAAGAGAGACAGCCCUUUUCGGUUGUUUGAAGUUUGAUCUGGGUUUCAGCGGCUGAGAGAGAGAGAGAGAGAGAGAGAGAGAGAGAGAGAGAGAUGUGGAGAUUUGUUGAGAAAAUAAAUACGAUGGCGGAAGGAGGAUCCCAUUACUGCUCUAAGAAGACGGACGAUUUUUGCGGUCGCGACUGUGAUGAGGAGUCAAGCAGAAUGUUGAGCAUGUCGAGAUUGCGGUGCAUUCUGCGAGGAAUGGAUUUGAAAACUUACAUCUUUCUGUUUGUUAUGAUCCCAACAUUCAUUGUUGGGGUAUAUUUGCACGGGCAGAAGAUCUCAUACUUCUUGCGGCCACUGUGGGAAUCACCACCCAAGCCUUUCCUUGAAAUCCCUCACUAUUAUCACCCGAAUGUGUCAAUGGAGAACCUUUGUAAACUACAUGGGUGGGGAAUUCGUGAGUACCCAAGGCGUGUUUUUGAUGCAGUAUUGUUUAGCAAUGAGGUGGAGAUGCUCACCAUUAGAUGGAAGGAGUUGUACCCAUACAUAACCGGAUUUGUUCUCCUUGAGUCAAACUCAACCUUCACUGGAUUGCCAAAGCCCUUGUUUUUUGAGAACAAUCGAGAUCAUUUCAAUUUUGUUGAGCCGCAUUUGACCUAUGGGAAAAUUCCUGGUAAAUUUAGGAGAGGAAAAAAUCCAUUUGUUGAGGAGGCGUAUCAGAGACUAGCAUUGGAUCAUCUACUUAAAGUGGCGGGUAUUUCGGAUGAUGAUUUGUUGAUAAUGUCAGAUAUCGAUGAGAUUCCAAGUAGACACACUAUUGAUCUCUUGAGAUGGUGCGAUGAAAUACCUCCAAUCCUCCAUCUUCGUCUAAAGAACUAUAUAUACUCUUUUGAGUUUCUAGUGGAUGACAAUAGCUGGAGAGCUUCAGUCCACAGGUAUCAAUCUGGAAGAACAACAUAUGCACACUAUCGCCAGUCUGAUGUUCUAUUGGCUGAUGGAGGGUGGCAUUGUAGCUUUUGCUUUCGCCAGAUCGAUGACUUUAUAUUCAAAAUGAAAGCUUAUAGCCAUGUUGACAGAGUGAGGUUUUCUCACUAUAUGAACCCUAAACGAAUCCAGGAGGUGAUCUGCAGAGGGGCUGACUUGUUCGAUAUGCUACCUGAGGAGUACACGUUCAAGGAAAUUAUCGGGAAAAUGGGACCCGUACCCCACUCUUACUCUGCCGUUCAUUUACCAGCACAUCUUUUGGAAAAUGCAGAUGAGUAUAAAUUUCUCUUGCCCGGGAAUUGCAAAAGAGAAGGUGGUUGAUUCAAGUCUGGCCUUGUAAAGGUUGAAGCUGCAGAUAAAAUGACUCCUCAGGAAGGGUUGUAUUGAACGGGCCGAUUGAUUGCAGUUUAUCACCGACUGACCGGUAUAGUUCAGCAGCUACAUCUCCGUUGAUAUUUAUUUCAUUCAUCCAGAAGUUUUAUGGAAAUUUGGAUGAAUGUUGGAUUUCUAGGGUGAAAUCUGUAUAUAAAUUCGUCUUAGGGCAUGUCUCUUUUAUGGGGAGCUUAGCUUUUUGUUGAAUCCGCUAAGUCGCUGGGGGGCAUGUAUGCCUUAUGCCUUAUGCCUUGUUUGUUAUUUUCCAUUGUUGUGGCAUGAGCACUGAGUUUGCCCCCCUGAAGAUGAUAUGUGACUUCUUGUUAGGAGUUUUGAUUUGAAAGCAAUCUAUUCGUUUAUUUUUUGAA